GAUCCAUCAGUUACACAGGUGACAAGAAAUGUUCCACCAGGACUUGAUGAGUAUAAUCCAUUCUCGGAUUCUAGAACACCCCCACCAGGCAGUGUGAAAAUGCCUAAUGUACCUAAUACACAGCCAGCAAUAAUGAAACCAACUGAGGAACAUCCAGCUUAUACACAGAUUGCAAAGGAACAUGCCCUGGCUCAAGCUGAACUUCUUAAGCGCCAAGAAGAACUAGAAAGAAAAGCUGCAGAAUUAGAUCGUCGAGAACGAGAAAUGCAAAACCUCAGUCAACAUGGUAGAAAAAAUAAUUGGCCACCUCUUCCUGAGAAUUUUCCUGUGGGACCUUGUUUCUAUCAGGACUUUUCUGUAGACAUUCCUGUAGAAUUCCAAAAGACAGUAAAGCUUAUGUACUACUUGUGGAUGUUCCAUGCUGUAACACUGUUUCUAAAUAUCUUCGGAUGCCUGGCUUGGUUUUUUGUUGAUUCUUCAAGAGGGGUUGAUUUUGGAUUGAGCAUCCUGUGGUUCGUGCUUUUCACACCUUGCUCAUUUGUCUGUUGGUACAGACCACUUUACGGAGCCUUCAGGAGCGACAGUUCCUUCAGAUUCUUUGUGUUCUUCUUCGUCUAUAUCUGUCAGUUCGCUGUCCAUGUGCUCCAGGCUGCAGGAUUUCAUAACUGGGGCAAUUGUGGUUGGAUUUCAUCCCUUACUGGUCUUAACCAAAAUAUUCCUGUUGGAAUCAUGAUGAUAAUCAUAGCAGCACUUUUCACAGCAUCAGCAGUCAUCUCACUAGUUAUGUUUAAAAAAGUACACGGACUGUAUCGCACGACAGGUGCUAGUUUUGAGAAGGCCCAACAGGAGUUUGCAACGGGUGUGAUGUCCAACAAGACUGUCCAGACUGCAGCUGCAAAUGCAGCUUCAACGGCAGCAACGAGUGCGGCUCAGAGUGCUUUCAAGGGUAACCAGAUCUAGAGGCCUCCACUGUACACUGUUACUUCUGAUGGUACCAUUCUCUCCAGUUACUGUAUUCUGCAGAUGUUUUUAUGUUGGAAACAGUGCACACAGCAUGAGUAUUUCCUGUUCACAUGUGCAUGGGCUAAAAGCAGAAAAACUUCCUCGUCUUAUUUUACCAAAUAGUUUCUUCAUUUUUCAGUACCCCAGCAGAAGAAUAUUACAUGCUAAAUAAAUAUUCACCAUCUUUUUUGGGGGGAUGGUGUUCAUCAAAUUAUUUUAGUGGUGACCCACUGAGAUUAACAUGGUACUUAUGAUCUAAAAAUUCUUAGUACUAACUGUAAUUGUUCUUUUAAGUCUAAAGGUAAGGAUGACACAAGAAAACAUUCUUCUUUUUUUCUUUCUUAUUUAUUUUGAAAGAAAUAGGCCAGCAGAGAGACACAUUUUUAAAUUGACUUGCUUUGUUAUCAGUUUCAGUCACCAGUGAGAGCCUGUGUACUUCGCAGUAGGUGAUGUAUAUUUUGUCUUUUACUUUCUUUUUUUAAGAGUAGUUGAUAUUUUGAUAACAGUCUCUGAUCUUGCAUGGACAACAUGUUGCUUAAAUUAAAAGAAUUAGUAUUUUGGGUUCUGUACUGCGUAUAGUUAAUAGGAAUCAGGGUUGUUUAUGGAUCAUAGAAGUGAUUUUCUGUAAUAGUUUCUUUUAAAUAAAAAUGUAUUGGGGUACAAUAUAUGACUUUGAUGUAAUAUGCAGUGCAUUAUCCAAAAGAGAAGGUAGUUAGUUAAUGCAAUUGAGUGUAAGAAUAAUAAUUCCUUUUAUUUUAUCUCUAGUUUUCAGUAUUCAUACAGUAAAAUUUUACUGUAUGGAAACUUUAGUAUAUUCUUGUGGGUACUAUUUUUAAUUGAACUGAGAUUGUGUUUGGCAGCUUAUUUUGGGUGUGUGCGCGCGUGCGUGUGUAAAUUUUGACAGAGGUAUUAAAGGCUACCCUAAUCUUGUCUAAAAAGAAUAUACAGUAUUUAAAGAAUUUUUCCUUUAGCCUCUCAUUUCUAGUGGCAUUAAAAAUAAAAAGACCUUAGAAUUUCUAAUAUACUUGAAUCCCUAAUGCACCUAUGUCUUUCACUUCUUGAGAUAGACUGAAUACAUUUAAAUUGGUCACAAUAGAAAAAAAAAAAUCAAAAUAUUGUACCAAGCAAGAAAGUACAUAAACUGUUAAAAGCAUUAAUUAUGAACAUAAUCACAUUGAAAUCAUUACUGUGCAGCACAGAAUUUAUUCUUAGGUAUACUUGGGUUUAAACUUUGAAUCAUUUUUAAUAUUGAUUAAAUGACUCAAAGCAUUUCUAAAUCAUGCUACUAUGAUAACUUUGAAAAGCCUUUAGAUAACAUGAUUGCAGAAUGAUAGGUAGUGAUUUAUGUAGCUCAAUUUUAAGUAAAGUUGAUAUAUUGGAUUGUAUUGUUUGAGAACAAAAAUCUUUUGUUAAAAAAGUCAAAUGGGCAUAAAUGGAAUAAAUCAUUUUUAUUCUCCUUCCCAAUCUGGAGUUAAAGUAAGUUUCAUGCUGAGGACGGGAGGUCAAGUUCUUACUGUAUAGGAGGGGGCUCUGUGUGCGCCUCGGAAACACAGAUCAUCCAGAUGGUGUUUGCAUUUUAUUUAUUUGGGGUUUUAUUAAUAAUAUAGUUGGAAAGUAUUUCUUUCCAAAAUAGGAUUCAGAGUGUGAAUUAAAACUGUUCUUAUAAAUAUUUCUAAUCAGUGAUAAUCUUCACCUACAUUCUCACCCAGCAGCUAUGGUUCUUUGGAUCCCAUAGUCUUAGUGAAAACUUUGUUAUUGAGUAUAGAUUUUGUAAACAUUCAAAACACUAACCGCAAAAUGCAACAAGAGCAUUGUAUCUGCCACUAAUUUAUAUCCCAAGUCCAAAAUAAUAACAAAAGAUUUGUCAAAGACUUUUGAAAAAUAUUGAUAUUCUUUCCUUCAAAAUUG